AUGCCUAUCCGAACUUCCUAUGACCCAAAUUCAUCCUUGGCCCCUCUAUCCGAGAUCAUCGACCUCGAACCAGAACAAGAGCCAUGGUGCGCUGGCUACGCUCCUUCGCAGGGCCGCCGCUGUCACGCCCGCACGAAUGCGCACGGUCGCAGAUCAGCUACCAUGCUUCUCAACGAAGGUACCAAGGACCUUCGAGCUGGUCGUAGUAUCGAUGCACUGCUAGAGGAUUUAGCUCCUCAUGUCCUAUGCACACGGUUUCACCAAGCUCAAGCUUCGGAUCUCACACGCCGUUGGAAGAGACAAGUCCGUCAAUAUCUCGAUUCGCAGGUUGGUUACACGCCGUCUCCGAGACGAGUCAGGAUGCCAUCUCGAGCCGACUCCUCGGAAACUGCCGAAGCCAACGCGGCGCGAAUCGUAGUCCUCGAACAAAGACUCCUUGAGGCAAUGGAAAAGGUUAGGCGGCUGGAGGUUGCUCAGCAGGGCCUCUCCAUAACGGCAAACCCGCCUCCUCAUGGCCAGGGCAGAAGCACAAACGCAUUCGGUUCUUCUAGCAGUGCAAGGAGAACACCAAACCAUAUUACCUCGCCAAGAAAUGUCGUCCAAACAACACCGAGAAAUGAAUCAAGGGAAUCUGUCGUGUGGCCAGCAAUUUCUGUAGCUAGGCCAGCGCGGGUCCAGGUCAUCCAUGAAGCCCCAGCGGUUAAUGUAUUGGCUCCAAGAUCAGACAGCCGACCAUCGGUGGUUCGCACCUCCAGCAGCACCGAACGGGAGAACAGCCAGAAUGAGGUAUCACAAACCAGGCGCCGCCCCAUUGAAGGAGAGUGUGGGAUCUGUUUGUGCGAAUUACACAUUCCACAGCAAGAGGUGCAUGGGGAUGAAGAAGAUGAAAGCGAGAAUAGCGACAGCGAUGAUGACAAUGACAUUGAUGAAGAUGAUGAUGAAGAUGACAACGAUGAGAUCGACAGUGUAAGUGCCGAGCAAACGGAAGCCGGGGAUGAGGCUCAACCCCAAGAUGAAGAAUUGGUUUGGUGCAAGGCACGCUGUGGAAACAACUUCCACAAACGAUGCAUCGACCAAUGGUUGGCAACAGAUCAUGCUUCAACGUGCCCAGCGUGUAGGAGUAGGUGGAGAGACUGA